AUGUCAACUUCUGUAGACCCUUUAGUCCAGUUGCAACAGGCAGCUGCGAUGGCAAUGCAGCAUAUGCCGGAACAAAUGCUUCCUAAGGUUUUGGAGACCGGUAUCACAUUGUUUUUAAAUGAUAAGCGGAAUUUAGGGUUCUCGAGAUUUUCUACCCAGUUAUUAUUGGAUAUAUUGGUUCAUGAUAAGAUUCCAUCAAGUGAAAAACCAUUCAUUGUAUGUCAAAACAUCACUGCGCUUUGGGAAAUGGCUGAAACAAGAGAUUAUGUCACUUACAAAAACUGUAUACUAUGUCUUGGUAAUAUUUAUGACCGAUUAUUUGAUUUAGUAGCAAAGACUUCUGAUGAUAAACUUUGGUCGGUAAUGUUAAAGUUUAAAGAACUUAUCAUUGCCAACUGGAAGACCUGCUAUCCUUUGGAUUUGUCUGACAAUGAUCUAAAUAACCAUUCAAGAGGAACGGGGGUAAAAUUAGCAAGUGUGAAGCUCAUUUCGAAAAUCAUUAUUGUGCACACCUCAGGACCCGGAAUUAGCGUGGGAAGUAUACCAGAAAAUCAUCCUGUGAUAUCUAAUAAGCAAGCGUUGGAGGCUGAAGCCAAAUAUUUGUUAGAUAAAUUGUUAACUUUUUUAAUUGAGGAACCAAUGAUGUGUGCACCAUGGUUCACAGGUGCUCUUCAUAGUCUUUCUUUUAUUAUGAAGCAGAGACCAUUGGCCACAAUUCGAAUCGCAUCCGCUUUACUGAAAUUCAACAUUGACAUGAAAUUCCAAAGAGAUGAUGAACCCACUUUACAAUACAGACUUGCAAAGCGAUUUGUGGAACGUUGUUACAGAAAUUUAGUUCAGUUCGGAAUUAAAAGUCAACUACUCAAAAACAGUGGAUCCAUGACACAGUAUAGAAACAAACUAGCUAAAAUUUCACAGACUCUAUUCGUUAUUGGCGAAGAGACCAAAGCUAAAGGUAUUCUAAAUUAUGAUCCGGCUGCGAUUGAACAUAAAAUGACUCCAGCUGAUAAAAAAAAAUACACUAGAGUGAAGGAAGUUAACGACUCUUCUUCAGAUUCUUCAUCAGGAACAUUUUCAGCGACAACGAAAUCUCCGUCUCCUAUUCAAAUGCCACCGAUUGUUUCGCCAAUGAUAGGAAAUACAAUGAUGAAUACGGCAUCUACUCCACCGUUACUGAAUAAUUUUCAACCUCAGAUACAUGCCCCCGUAAAGAACAUACCUGCUCCUCCACCCCCACCGCCUGAUCUUUCUGUAUUGCAAUCCCUUCAGAGUUAUGCUUUCACUAAAUCCACGACAAAGCAUCCACAUUUUUUGAAUCCUGCUCAUACCUCUGUCGAUAACUCAUAUUCUGCCGUUUUUGCCUUAAUGAACCCCGUCACCUCCGGAUUCGAUGUCUCGAAGUUGUCUCAAGAUACCAUGGUUAAAAUAUGUACUGAGGCUUUAAGUAACACAAACACAGGUACUGCCAUUAAUGGACUAUCCAUAGUUGCGUCCAGGUACACCGAUUUGAUAAACAAGUGGUUACAAAACAAUGCUCAACAACAGAGCGCAACUAUCUCCAACGAUAGUAGUCCAGUCCCAUUCAACAACAGUAGCCAAAGUCAAGCUAGUAAACGUCCCAGAGAAGAGAAUUCUGCAGCUUUGCCAAUAAAGCAAGAAGUUGCAAUGAAAAACGAAGAACCUUUACAGCAGCCUGCGGACGAUAGGUACGUAAUUGAUGAUUCAGCUCCUAUACAGCCACCAGAAAGCAAAAGGGCAAAGAUCGAAAGAGUGGAAGAUGCAGAACCAUCAAGCAGUCAUACAGUAUCCUUGGGUGUUCCAACUUUAACUUAUGAUGAGAAGUUGACUCACUUGCAAAGAAUUGUGCAGAAUAUAUUACUGAUACCAACUAAAACUGAUGUGAGCACUCCAAUGACACAAUUACAAAGUACAAAUCCAUUGGACAAAGUUCUACUAAUGAAUUGGGACAAUAAGACCUCCUGGGUAUUCUUAUUAUCUAGACUCUGCUCUAGAGGAGUGUCAUCGAAUCAAGAUGUGAGAGAUAUUGUCACCAACGCAAUUUUUGACUACUUCUGUGAGGAUUUCCAGAACAGAAUCACGCUUGUACUUGAAUGGCUAAGUGAAGAGUGGUACCAUGAGGAAUUGAUUUCCGAUGGUAAAGAUCAUACCAUAUAUAAUGAAUGGUCAGUAAAGGUGCUAGAUUUCAUGAUCCCCAAACUUGAUGACUCCCACAGAAGAUUGUUUAUUCGAAUGGUCAGUGAAAUGCCGUUACUUACUCAAGAACACAUCGAAAAGAUGAAAUCACUAUGUUUAGAUCCUACUAGAUCGGUAUUGGGGUUCCAGUCUUUGAAAUUCAUGUUGAUGUUCAGACCUCCAGUGAAACCGUUCAUCAAAGUUGCCCUCGAAUCUAUGGCUGAAGUAGACGAAAGUAUCAAACCACAAUGCGAUUCACUAUUGAACAAGUAUUUUUCCUGA